AUGCAGCUGGCCGGAGUCAAGAUCAGCAUCGAACUCUGCAAGGACGGCGAAGAAGAGGAGGAGGAGAAGACGCUCGAGGAGUUCGAGGUCGAGGUGGACGAGGUCGAGUCGUGCGGCUCGGCGUACAUCUGCUCCGUGGACGACGCACAGUUCCAGAUCAAGCUCGAGCGAGACGACACCCCGGAGGGCCGCAGGGACUUUCGCGUCAAAUUGACCCUCGAUGGACAGGAAGUCAAAAGGGGCAUGACCUGGUCGAAGGAACGUCCCGAAGUGCGCUACAGCUCCGUGACACUGUCCUCUGAAGAAGUCGCGCCGCUGAAGUUCUUGCGCAUCGGCGCUUCCGAGCAGGACGCUGCUGGAGAGGGCGAUAGCGUCGAGCAAGCCGGCACCAUCGAAAUCCGCGUGUGGCAUGCCAGGAAGAUCAGGAAGAAGCCUGACUGUGGCGGCGGCUUUGGCUUCGAGGAAGCCAACGUGGGCGACGAGGCACUCAAGCAGAGGAAGCUCGAGGGUGGCGUGCCACUGACCCAUCGCAUCAGCCUUGGAGAGGCAAAGCCUGCAACCCGUCGCUCCACCACCUGUGAUCUCGUCGGCAACGACCCCAUCGCCACGUUCAUCUAUUCGUACGCAUCCAGGAGCGUCCUCGAGGCCAUGGACGUCGUGCCCUCGGCAGCCGUUGACGAGGCCAUUGAAGGGGGCGGUGUGCCGGCUGAAGAGUCCAACGAGGAGCUGCGGAGGAGGGUGGCGGACCUGGAAAGGCAGCUGACCCAGGUCAAGCGCGAGAAGUCGAUCGACAUCAGCGGCGACACUGGACCCAUCGACCUCACCCUCGACAGCGACGAAGAGCCGCAGGCCGGUCCGAGCCGUAGCGGACCGACGGACAAGCCCAACUCGCCAAAGAGGGUCAAGCUCGAUCCCGAACGGGCCGAGCGCACCGACGACGUCGAGUCUUCCCUCGACUAG